AGACGCGCCGGGCCGCAGCGCGCCGCCGGCACCAUGCCCCGCAUAGACGCGGACCUCAAGCUCGACUUCAAAGACGUCCUGCUCCGACCUAAGCGGAGCAGCCUCAAGAGCCGCUCCGAGGUGGAUCUUGAGUGUACCUUUACAUUUCGAAACUCAAAGCAGACCUACUCAGGGAUUCCCAUCAUCGUGGCCAACAUGGACACUGUGGGCACGUUUGAGAUGGCAGCCGUGAUGUCACAGCACUCAAUGUUUACAGCAAUUCAUAAGCAUUACUCCCUGGAUGACUGGAAGCUCUUUGCCACAAAUCACGCAGAAUGCCUGCAGCACAUAGCUGUGAGUUCGGGCAGUGGGCAGAACGAUCUGGAAAAGAUGACCAGCAUCCUGGAAGCUCUGCCACAGGUUAAGUUUAUUUGCCUGGAUGUGGCCAAUGGGUAUUCGGAACAUUUUGUGGAGUUCGUGAAACUCGUCCGUGCCAAAUUUCCCGAACACACCAUUAUGGCAGGGAAUGUGGUGACAGGAGAGAUGGUAGAAGAACUUAUUCUUUCUGGAGCAGAUAUCAUUAAAGUGGGAGUCGGACCAGGUUCCGUGUGUACCACCCGCACCAAGACGGGUGUGGGCUACCCCCAGCUGAGUGCAGUCAUCGAGUGCGCUGACUCUGCCCAUGGCCUGAAGGGGCACAUCAUCUCUGAUGGAGGCUGCACAUGUCCAGGAGAUGUCGCCAAAGCCUUUGGAGCUGGAGCAGAUUUCGUCAUGCUGGGAGGGAUGUUUUCGGGCCAUACCGAGUGUGCUGGAGAAGUGAUCGAGAGGAACGGGCAAAAGCUAAAGCUUUUCUAUGGCAUGAGCUCCGACACGGCCAUGAAGAAGCACGCGGGAGGAGUCGCUGAGUACAGAGCCUCUGAAGGUAAGACUGUGGAAGUGCCUUACAAAGGGGACGUAGAGAACACGAUCCUGGAUAUUCUCGGGGGACUGAGGUCUACCUGCACCUACGUGGGGGCCGCCAAACUCAAAGAGCUCAGCCGGAGGGCGACGUUCAUCCGGGUCACCCAGCAACACAACCCCGUGUUCAGCUAACUCCGAGGGCAAAGACUGGCUGAGUGGACGCUUCACACACGCCUACUUCUCCUGUCUCCCUCCUCCUAAUCUGUCAUGUCGGAGCUCCCAGCUGCUCCAGAAUGGUGGAAUGCUGCAUCCUUUCUCCUCCCUCUACCGCCUGGAGGCUUUGGGGUUCUCCCUAGUGCCUUUUGGGAGCCCAGAAGCAGGGCACUGAUUGGGCCAGCGGUCAGAGCCCCGCUGCCCAGAACUCAUAACUUCAUCGUUAAAACCAACACUUGACCUUUUUGUUUCUUCCUGUCUCCCACCCGCUCUUCCUCCUUUUUUUUUUUUUUUUUUUUUUUUCUUAAAAGAAAAUGGUUUCACUUUAAUAUAAUUGCUAAUAUAAUGCUUAAGACUU